UGGCGUUUCUGACUGACAGGAAUGUCCUGCCAAGACGACGAAUCCAUGCAUUUUCAUAUCUUUUGGACCCCAAUCCUCGGCUUGACUCGAGUUAUAGAUCCGGUCGUCGUCUUCUUCCACAGGCCAUCAUCCCUCGGGUAUGGGUAUGGGGUAUACGAUAUACGAUCGCAUAGAAUUCCCUCACCGCAUCACCGUGCUGUAUCACAAGUCGCCGAGCCCAUCACAUACAGUAACUCACAAGCUUUUCCCGCGCUUUUUCACCGCAAGCCAUCGCAAGCCACCCCGCUCAGACGACACGUCGUGGCUGUCAUACGUAAGUAUACGAUAUACGACAGCCCUCAACCCUCUUUCCCAGCCUCCUCGACAUGUCAAACCCACAAUAGCGCCCCCAGAAGCUAUGGGCAGCUCCCACACUAACCCCCCUUCCCCCUAGGCUCAGCGCCAGCUCGGAUGUUUAUCUUGCUCGCUUAGUCGGAUUCUGCUGUCAAAGGAAUAUCAGGCGCGUGAUGGACGGGGGAUGAUGCCGAGUUGGGAAGAUGGAAGCGGGU